CCUUUUUGUAUGUUCCCGCCUGCUGCUGCCUCUCCCUCCUUCCAGAUUACCUAAUCCCGCCCCGUCCUCGCCGUCGUCCAUAGAUUCUGUCUUUCCUGUAACCAUAGCCGUCCUCCCAACGAACGCUCCCACCCACUUUCCGGCCGCUUUCAGUCUCCCUCACCACUUGCAACUUUCACAGCCACAUACACGCCAGACACAGCAUAUAUAUCGACUUGCUACAAAAAGAGCACAUCAUUUACAGCUACUGUACUGCAGCAUCUGCAAUCCCUUCUCGGCGCAACGCCGGACGACCCUUAACAAGCCCGGCUCGUGCGACACCGCCUGAUGCAAUAUGUCGAACCAAGUAUCUGAUCAAGAGAUAGAGAGGGAAAUCCAAACGCUCAGAAACCUACGUCGACGAUCCAUAACUUCUGCCGGCCCUGGCGCUCUUCCUCUAGAUCCCGACCUUCCUCCACCUUCUCCCAACUCCCGCGCAUCGUUUGAGACUAGUCCACAAUACACUUCGAAUGACGAUAUCACGCUCUCUACCCCAGAUGGUCUAGACGGAGAUGGUCUUUUCUGGGUCCCUGCUCAUCUUCAUCCGGAACUUGCUCCGGGAGAAUUUCGCGCUUUCUUAAAAUCUCAUACAAGCACGGAUCCUACGCAUGCUGAUGCCAGCGACGCAGGAGACGCGCCGGGAAUGAGUCGUUCUCGUUCGUGGAUGACGCGCAACCCGUCGACAAGAGGGUCUGAAGGAUUAGGAAGAAAAAGAUCGAUGUUGAGUAGACAGUAUCAGCCUUCAGCCGGAGAUAAUGUGGAAGAAGAGAGGCCGCCAUUACCGACCCCUAAACCGGUGAAUAUAUAUGGUGGGAGAUCAGGAGAAAAAGGCUUGACAUUGGAAGAUCUACAAAGGUUGGAGCAGUUGGUUGAUGAAGCUGGGGAGGACGUUGAUCCGGAGAAUAUGCGUAACUUGUUGAGAAGAAGUCUGAGUAUGAACGUUGCUCCUGGAUUCUUACAGGAUGACGUGCCCCAAGGAGACAAUGCUGAUGCGCCUCUUGUCGCCCCUCGGCCUGGCUCCAUCCUUCGUCGCUCGGCCCGCACCAAAAUCCGCAAAGCUGGUCUUUCAGGAGACGGCGGUGGUCAUCGCUUUGCUGCUACUCGUAAAGGACGCAUGACUGCUGCUCCUCAACGUGAAAUCCCUGGGUUGGAAGACGAUGAUUAUGCUUCAGCUCCAGAGUCACCACAUCGACAAGGUAGCGACGACGCAAGUCUGGAGAGUGAGGAUAAGUUUCAUGACGCGCAGGAAAGCCAUGAGGGCACGAGCUCUCACAUUGAAAUCCGAAGAGACUCUGAUACAUCUACAGACGAGGCACAUAUCUUUGAUGCUUAUGUGCGCGAACCAUCGUCUUCAAUAUCGUCAUCCUCGCACGAUCACUCAACGUCUCCUAGUCCGGAGCCAUCGCCCCCCAGUCGAAAGCUGUCUUUGCCUCCUGUGCCAGAGUCCGGGGAGACUACGGAUUGGUUCACGACAGAAUAUGAUCGUACGCCCACACAGGAAUCUCUUUCCGACCCUCUUGCUAGUAAGCCUCGUUCUGCAGAAGAGAAGGCUUUCGCCGCCGGUGUAGGUGGAUUGUCGAUCAACACCACGUUUGGCGAGCAAGAUCACGCUGCUCCUCAGGCUCGUUAUGCUCAGCUUCCUGUCGAGCAAGACCUUCCGCCAGGAAUGGCUCCUCCCGCACAACAUAUGAGUCUUCCGCCCAAGCCCCUUCCUGCUAACGCCCAGCCCGCGCCUCCUGUAAAUAUAGAGAUGCCACAGCUGGCAAAGACCGAAACCAAUGUUUCUACCUCCAGCGUGAGUACCUCUGGUACAACGACCACAAAAGAAAAGAAGGGCAAGUUUUUCUCAAAAAAGAAGGAUGACAAAGAGAAGAAGGGUAAAAAGGAUAAGGACAGGUUUUUGGGGUCGCUAUUCGGUGGGAAAAAGAAGAAUGAGGAGUCAAGUUCGGUAUCGAAUUUCUCGUCCGCCGGGCCUGCAGCUGCAGCCGCAUUGCUUGGUACCUCCAAAUCGGCCAAAUCAAUUGGAGCUCCUCCUUCUCCCUCACCCACCUCUCCCAAUUUUCAGAACUAUGCCCGUUAUCCCAUUCAUGUCGAGCGUGCCGUCUACAGGUUGAGUCAUAUCAAACUGGCCAACGCGCGAAGGCCGUUAUAUGAGCAGGUACUAAUAUCGAACCUUAUGUUCUGGUACCUUGGCAUUCUGGGGCGGAAUGUGACCGAGGAGAAAAAGGCAAUAGGUGAUGAGAAGAAGGAAGAAGCGAAACCUGUGAUCAAAGGUACCCCGCCUAAGCCAGCCGACACCGGCUCUGCUGCUAAGCCUGGAACAGUGAUUCAGAGGCCAUCGUUGAAUUCUGCUCCCCCGCGUGCGGAAGCAGCUGUCGAGCACCGUCCUACUCCUGCUCAACCGGCGGCAGCGCCAAGCAAGAAGUCAAGCCUAUCGAAGCCUGAGAGAGCACGGGAUGGGAGAAACAGUGAAGCGCCUAUGAGGGCACCUUCUUAUGGGGCGCAAACGGCACAGGUAGAUCACGAAGUACGAAACCAAAUGAUGAACCAGCAAAUGGGGGGGAUAAUGCGUGGGCCACCUCCUCAGCAUGCCCAACCUCCAUCUUCGCAAGCUCCUGCGGGAAAUUAUCCGCAGGCUCACCCACCAUCUCCGCAGCAGACGCCUAGGCCGAUGGCAUCCAGCGGCCCUGCAAGAGCAUUGUCACCCCCUAGCCCCGGUGUGAAUGGUCCAAGGUCGCCAGAAGCUGGAUAUCACCGAGAUAUUCCGAGUGCGGCACGAGGAGUUCCUCAGUCUUCUUUUGGCCCUCCCCCUGCACCUAAUAGUCAGGUCGUGGGAGAAGAUCAAAGGGAUAUGAGACAGCGUACCAUUUCCAACCCUAAUCUGCCUCACCCUGGGUCCAUGUCACCUCCUGGAGGAGCUUCACCUCGUCGAGUUGUUACUGAAGGUCGUAUGCCCGUUGAAGGUGCGCCUCGUCCCCUUUACCCUCAACGCUCCGGUCCUCAACCGGGUCAGCUUUUCCAAUAUCCUGCUGGAGCAGCUGUACCUCCGUUUGCGCGUCCUGGAUCACCGGGUCCUCAGCCAGGCCAGGUCUUCAACCAUCCUCGUCCUCCUCAGAGUAUGCCUCCUCAACCGGGCCAAAUCUUCCAACACCCUCAGCACCACCCCCAUCCCCAUCCACAAGCACGUCCUCCGCACCCUCAGUAUGGGCAGCGUCCUCUUCCACCUCCAGGACAAGCACAAAGUUGGGAACCUCCUCAACGGUUGCCUCCUGGUGCGUCUCCCCCUCAAUGGGCUGGUGCUAGACCUCCUGCCCAACAAGGAGCGCCAGGAUUCGAUCCCCGCCGAGCGUAUCCACCACAGAGUCAAGGACAGCCGCAGGGAUACUAUGGUGGCGCAGGGCCAGCACCAGCUCCAGGACAGCCCUUGGGCAGACCGGUAGCAGUCCAGCAUGGGCAAGGGUAUCUCCCUGCUGGAGAAUAUGGUCAUCACCGAUGAUAUGGGAUUGUGAUGGUGUCAGGGACGAUGCGUUAGCAAAGGGAGUCAAGCAAGGAGACGAGAAGGUGUAAGGACAUUGUACUGUUUGGAGGAGCAAAAAAAUUGUGUCAUGUCUGAGGACAAAUUGCAUGGUUUUUGAGAGAGUUACAAUUAGAUGAAACGAGGCGAGCGACGACAUCCUUGAUUAGUAGAUAGUUUUGUAUCUGUGCAGCAUCUCAGUAACGAAAAGCAGAGAUGGACAGUCUUGCGUUAUCCCAUAAUAAACGAGUACAUAUAAAGACCUGCACAGUAACAUGAAUAGUAC